AUGCACAUCCGCCCGGCAACUCCCUCCGACUUUCCCUCAGCGGCCUCAAUAUCUGUCCUCUGCUUCUGGAAUGACGAACUCCACGACUACACCAACCCUUGGCGAGAGCAGCAUCCGGACCAUUUCCGUUCCCUCUUCCUGCGAAGGCAUAAAGUCCGGUUCGUAACUCCUGGUUACCUCUUCCACGUUGCUGUCACAGACGAAGGAGACCAAAACCAUGAGGGAGAGGGAACGGUGGUGGCAUUCGCGGUUUGGGAGAGGAGGGGAACAAGCAAGGUGGCUAUGGUGUGGAGGAAAGAUACCUUUUGGAAGCGUAUGACUCAUGUCAUUGAUGACAAUGGGGAGCGUCCUUGUCUGACGAUUGUACCAGUACUAGAACGCACCCUUCUCACCGCCCAAGAAUCCUAUCUCUCCCUCCUCCGCGCCGACAAAUCCCUCCACUACGCCCGCCUCGCCCACUUCCUCGCAGAGGCCAAAUCAGAUUUCGCAUCCAUCCCCGAAAUGUGGAAGAUGCAAACCCUCGCCGUGCAUCCCAAUUUCCAACGUAGAGGUAUAGCAUCCAUGUUGCUGAACUGGGGGAAACAGCAAGCGGGGAAGGAAGGCGUUCCCAUUGGGUUGGAGGCGAGUGAGCUCGCCAGGCCGCUUUAUCUGAAGAAUGGGUUUAGGAAGUUUGGGAAUUUGCAUAUUGAAGAUUUCCCCAUUGAGGAUGUGCCGAUCUUUUUGUGGGAGCCGAGGGGCUUGGAGGGGAGGUGGGGAAUGAAGGGUGAUGUUGGCGAGUAG